AUGACGGACAAUCCAUUCACGAGACUCAGUGUCACAUCGAUGAAACUUCAGGGAUUGUGGCCAGUUAGUUUUUUUGGCAAAAAGACCGCGAUUCUCCACAGAUCGUUUGGGGUGUUCAACGCAAUUUGUUACGCACUAUUCACCGCAUCCAUGUUCGUCGACGUUAUUAUUUCACGUAAUAACUUGGAAGCUAUUGUUGCAAACCUCUGCAUAACGCUGCUAUAUUUUAGCGGAACCGCUAAAGCCCUCUCUUUUCUCUUUAUGAGGGAAACGAUAGGCAAACUGGUGGAACACGCCACAGACUUUACACGGAAAGUCAGAAAAGCUGGAAACCAAAGAUGCUUGAAAAUAAUCGACGAAUACGUGAGACGCUCGAACACCAUUACUUUGGGAUUCUGGCUUAUGGUUUUACUGACUGUAACCAGUUACUGUGGUGCUCCGAUAAUAGGGGUGGUUGCGGGAUCAAAAGCUGAACCAACCAGAUUAAUUUACAGGGCUUGGAAUCCUUUUCCGAAUCUUUGGUCUGGCUACGUGCUGCAGUUGACUAUGGCCUAUUUGACGGCUGUGAUAACGGCGACGUGGGAUACUCUCGUAGUAAGUUUGGUGAUGAUUCCGACCUGCGAACUCAAAACUCUGGGAGUCGAGCUCGAAGAAAUACCAAAAUGUGCGUUACCGAAUGGGAAAGAGGAAAAUGAAGGUGUUCGUGAGAUCGAGAUCAAGAAAAGGGUUUCAAACUGGGUGAAACAGCACAGCGCUGUUAUGCGAUACAUCGAGACUUUGGAUCGUAUUUUGAACCAUCUCAUGCUCCUCAAUUUUGUCGUAUAUUCGGGAAUAUUUUGCACCACGUGUUUCCAGUAUGUCAUCAACGGAUUCAAAUUCGAAAGCUUCGUGGCCUUCCAAUACAUGAUAGCGACGAUGUGUCAGAUGAUGUUUUCAUACUGGGAAGGAAACGAAAUCAGGAUUCAUAGCGAGGCACUAGCCCACGCGGCAUUUAACAGCGCUUGGUACGACGCACCCGCAUCUCUCAAGACCACCGUACUGAUAAUAAUCUUGAGGUGCCAAAAACCGUUAAGGCUGCGGGUCUGGAAGCUGUAUGAUAUUUCAAUGUCUAGUUGUCUGAAGAUAAUGAGUACUACCUAUUCUUAUUUUGCAAUACUCUGGCACGUUUAUUCGAAGAAAUAA